GACAAAAGAAACAGACAGUCAUGAUUCACUCAAAUCACUCCAUCCGGUCGAUCAUCUGCUGCUGCUGUGCUGUUCAGACCAGGGAGUUCAGCACUCGUGUGGAGCUGGAGAGCAGAACCUCCCUUUGUUUCCCAAACCGACGGUAUUCAGGACAACCCACCCGGUUGCAGGUCGAGAGGUCUAGGAGAAAGCUCCCCCUCCCCCCUCCCGAGGGCGAGGACGGUGAAGGUGAGGGCCUCUUGAGUGUCGUGGCCAUGUACGACUUCACCGCCAAGGAAGACACUGACCUCACACUCAAACAGGGGGAGGAGUACAUCAUACUGCACAAGCAAGACCAGCUGUGGUGGCGGGCGCAGGACAAGCAUGGGAAUAAAGGCUUCAUCCCCAGUAACUAUGUGACAGAGAAAAACAAAAUCGAGGCAAACCCGUGGUAUUGCAAGAACAUCACUAGGACAGAAGCAGAGCAGCUCCUAAGACAAGAGGACAAAGAGGGGGGAUUUGUGGUGCGGGAGUCUAGUCGAAAGGGAGUCUACACCGUCUCUGUUUACACCAAAGCAAUAAGUUCCAGCGGAGAUGUCAGGCAUUACCAGAUUAAAAUAACUGACAAUGGGCAAUACUACUUAGCUGAAAAACAUAUUUUCAGCUCCAUACCUGAGGUUAUACACUACCAUGAACACAAUGCAGCAGGUCUAGUGGCCAGGUUGCGAUAUCCAGUCGGACCAAUGGGAAGGUGUGUCCCUGCCACGGCAGGAUUCAGCUCAGAAAAGUGGGAGAUCAAUCCCAGUGAGUUGACCUUCAUGAAGGAGCUGGGUAGUGGUCAGUUUGGCGUGGUGAGGUUUGGCAAGUGGAGGGGACAGCAAAGAGUGGCCAUCAAGGCCAUCAGGGAGGGAGCCAUGUAUGAAGAGGACUUUAUCGAGGAGGCCAAAGUCAUGAUGAGGUUGUGCCACCCGAAGCUUGUACAGCUGUAUGGCGUUUGUUUGCAGCAGCGCCCCCUGCUGAUCGUGGCUGAGUUCAUGGAGAAUGGCUGCCUGCUGAACUUCCUGCGGCAAAGGGGCAGAACUCUACCGGAGUCGUGGCUUCUGUCUAUGUGCCAGGAUGUGUGUGAAGGGAUGGAUUACCUGGAGGCACAUAGUUUCAUCCACAGAGACCUGGCAGCCAGGAAUUGUCUGGUUAAUGAGCACAAUGUGGUGAAAGUCAGCGACUUUGGAAUGACCAGAUACGUUCUAGACAAUCAGUACACCAGUUCAAAUGGUGCCAAGUUCCCAGUGAAGUGGUCUCCCCCUGAAGUUCUUCACUACAGUAAAUACAGCAGCAAGUCUGACGUCUGGUCCUACGGUGUGGUAAUGUGGGAGAUAUUCUCUGAGGGUCGAACUCCAUUUGAAAACCGAUCAAAUGUGGAAGUAGUUACUGACAUCACCAGGGGGAUCCGGCUGUACCGACCACAACGUGCUUCACAACCACUGUACGCCAUCAUGUACCGCUGCUGGCACGAGAAGCCUGACGGUCGGCCAUCUUUCUCUGAACUACUGGAGGAAAUCAGAAAACUGGCAGAAAAUCAAGACUAGCACACACAUAUUACUAUAUCGCUGGACUCC